GGCAUAAUCCAGACACACCGAGACAGUAGAGAGCACGCUUUCCUAGAUCUGCCUCUGGACCAAAAACAACCGCAAUCAUGUCGCGCCCCGAAGACAUCCUACCGCCCGACCUCUUCUACAAUGACAUCGAGUCGCGAAAGUACACAACUUCCUCGCGAAUCCAAAAGAUCCAAUCCACAAUGACCCAUCGCGCCCUUUCCCUGCUCGGGCUAACCUCGCCCUCGAUGAUUCUCGAUGUCGGCUGCGGCUCUGGUCUUUCGGGCGAGAUCUUGUCGCAAACUGCUGAACAAGGCACACCGGGUGGCCCUCAUGUGUGGAUUGGCUACGACAUCAGCGCAUCCAUGUUGGGCGUGGCACUGGAGAAAGAAGUCGAGGGCGACUUGUUGCUAGCAGAUGCGGGGCAGGGUGUGCCAUUCCGACCAGGAACUUUUGAUGCGGCGAUCAGCAUCAGUGCAGUCCAGUGGCUGUGUAAUGCCGAGACGAGCGAAGAGAGCCCCGUGGGCAGGCUUUCGAGAUUCUUCAACCAACUGUAUGCUUCCCUGAAGAGAGGCGGCAGGGCUGUGUGCCAGUUCUACCCCAAGAACGAUGCGCAAAAGAAAAUGGUGGCCCAGGCGGCCAUCAAGGCUGGAUUUGGCGCUGGUCUGCUGGAGGAUGACAUGGGCACCAAAAGCGCAAAGACAUAUCUUGUGCUCACGGUUGGCGGUGGGGCCGUCGACGGUGACAUCACAGGUGUAGUGAGGGGCAUGGAGGGCGUUGACGUCGAAGAUGCGCGGAGAAAGACAAAGGGCAUGAAGCGGGGCGAGGAGCGAAAGGGCAGCAAGGCGUACAUCCUAAAGAAGAAGGAAAAGAUGGAAAAGCAAGGCAAGGUGGUCAAGUCCUCGUCUAAGUACACAGGCAGGAAGAGGAGGAUCCAAUUCUAGAUACCCACGGCAUCACGACGUCAC